AUGGAGAGGGAUUAUUUCAAAUAAAGCGCUUCCAACUUCUGCUAAAACCCUAACAUAAAGCAUCCUGAUCAAUUCCCAUAAGUUAUGGAAUAAUAUGAUCGAGAUGUUUGCUAGAACCUUGGCUAAGCAUAUCCCUAAGUACCCACUUAUUAUCAAUAACAAUUGAAUAUCCCAUAACAAAAUUCUUUGCUUGAUCAUUUUUCUCGUUAAACUCUGUUAGCAGAUUCAGGAUAAUUACUCCAAUAUUCAUAGACUCUAGAAAAUGCUAAGGUUCAAUAAGAGAAUAACAAGCCCAUUCAAUAAAAACACUUAUUGAUGGAUCACAUGUUGGGGAGUUAAUUCGUUCCUGUGCCUAAUAAUUAUUUAGACUUUAAUGUUAAUUCAAAUUAGUUAGGUCAAAUAAUUAAGUAGCCCACAUAUUUCAAAGACCCUCAUGAUGUCAGUGAAUUUUAAAAGAGAUAAAUUCAAUAUCUCUAAGCAAUAAACGAUCCUUCUCCUCCUGAAUAAGUUAAACUAUUCAAAUAAAAUAUACAAUAAUUGGGUGGCAUCGAGGAUACUAUUGGAAACAUGCAAUAAACAUUAAACCAAUAUGAAAUAAAGCAUUUGAACAAUAAGAACAUUAAAUAUUAUCCAUAAUCCUCUCCUCCAUUGACUUAGGAAUAAAUAGAGUAUUAAAAGUCCAUUUCUGGCAAUCCUCACCCAUUUCUAUAUAAUCCAGCAGAUGAUAAGGAUAGGUUUGUAUAUGGGCCUUUGAAACCAGCAUAAAAUAUUUUAGAAUAGCAAUAAACUCAAUAAUCCUAGUUUUAUUGUAUUUAUUAAUAUCUUACUAGAAACAUUACGUUAACAAUAUAAUUAAGAUUUGAAUUAGAUGUAAGAAAGAACACAACCUUUAUAAUAAUAAUAAGAUUAAAGAUACUAAUAGUAAAAUUGUUAACCACACUACUUUGA